AUGGCAAUGCAGAAGAAGCAGAAGGGAAAUACAAAAAAAGAUCGUUCAAAUUUGAAAGGGUACGACGAAAGGAGUGACAAGUGCAUAAACCAACAAGGAAAAGCCGAAAAGAAGCAGCAGAGCAGCGGACACGCCACCCACCCUCAUCCUCUUACUUCCCCCUCCACCGCAUCUCGGUGGCCCUCCGCCACCUCCGCCACUCCACCUGGCUCACACAUCUCCACCUCCACCACCCCAACCCCCAAUGCCGCCGCCACGUCAACCGCCUCUUCUGCCUCAUUGACCAACUCCAAGAGUAUAUCCGCCACCACUGCCUCCUCCCUCCCAACCCCACCAACUCUUGCUCUCAACACCUUCCUCGACGACAAAGCUUGGAAGAGAGGCGCAUGCACCAGCACCAGCUCAGAGAAUCACUCACCAGAAUCCGCCAGUGCUUAA